CGUCAUUCCUCCCCCGCGCACUUCGAGCUUCCGUCUUCGCACAGUCACUUGGCAAGUCCUUCACUGACCACCACCGGCCAACCACACUCACCAUGCCGCAACCAUUGAACUCCAAGGAUGCGUCCUUGUUCCGCCAAGUGGUUCGUCAUUAUGAGAACAAGCAACACAAGAAGGGUAUCAAGACCGCCGAACAGAUCUUGAAGAAGAACCCCAACCAUGGUGAUACCUUGGCGAUGAAGGCUCUUAUUAUGAGCAACAUGGGCCAGCAGGAGGAGGCUUUUGUGCUGGCCAAGGAAGCCCUGAAGAACGACAUGAAGUCGCACAUCUGCUGGCAUGUGUACGGAUUGCUGUAUCGGGCGGACAAGAACUACGAAGAGGCAAUCAAGGCAUACCGGUUUGCAUUGAGGAUUGAGCCGGACUCACAGCCCAUUCAGCGGGAUCUUGCGCUGCUGCAAAUGCAGAUGCGCGAUUACCAAGGCUACAUUCAGAGCAGGAAAGCCAUGCUGCAGGCUCGCCCGGGAUUCCGCCAGAACUGGACUGCUCUCGCGAUCGCACACCACCUUUCCGGGGAUCUGGAAGAGGCCGAAAAGGUUUUGACGACUUACGAGGAGACGCUAAAGAUCCCCCCGCCAACUUCGGAUAUGGAGCAUUCCGAGGCCGUUCUGUACAAGAACGUGAUCAUGGCUGAGGCCGGCAAGGUGGAACAGGCACUGGAACAUCUGGAGAAGGUGGGACACAGAAUUUCGGAUGUGCUUGCUGUGAUGGAGAUGAAGGCGGACUACCUUCUGCGACUGGACAGAAAGGCCGAAGCGGAGGCAGCGUACAUUGCGCUUCUGGACCGGAACCCGGAGAACUCGCUCUACUACGAUGCCUUGGUCCGGGCGAAGGACAUCCCUAGUGAUGACCACAAGGCCAAGAAAGCCGUAUAUGACUCCUGGGUUGAGAAGUUCCCCCGUGGUGAUGCGGCUCGCAGAAUCCCCUUGGACUUCUUGGAGGGCGAUGACUUCAAGCAGGCCGCCGACGCCUACUUGCAGCGCAUGCUUAAGAAGGGUGUUCCCUCUCUGUUUGCCAACAUCAAGUCACUGUACAGCAGCCCCGUCAAGCGUGACACAGUGCAAGAACUGGUUGAAGGCUACGUCGCGACGACGCCCCGGUCGAAUGGCUCCGCGGAAGGUCAGUCCGGCGCCGACAACACUGAGUUCCUUUCUUCCUCCUACUACUUCCUCGCUCAGCACUACAACUACCACCUCAGCCGCGACUUGUCCAAGGCCAUGGAGAAUGUCGACAAGGCCCUUGAGCUAUCGCCCAAGGCUGUGGAGUACCAAUUGACCAAGGCCCGGAUAUAUAAGCAUUACGGAAACCUCGAGAAGGCGGCUGAAGAGAUGGAGAAGGCCAGGCUGUUGGAUGAAAAGGACCGUCACAUCAACUCCAAGGCUGCCAAAUAUCAACUCCGCAACAACGAGAACGACAAGGCUCUUGACAAUAUGAGCAAGUUCACUCGUAACGAAACCGUUGGUGGAGCAUUGGGUGAUCUACAUGAGAUGCAAUGUGUCUGGUACCUGACCGAGGAUGGCGAGGCCUACCUGCGCCAGAAGAAGCUCGGUCUCGCGCUGAAGCGAUUCCAUGCUGUCUACAACAUCUUCGACACCUGGCAAGAAGAUCAAUUCGAUUUCCACAGCUUCUCCCUUCGCAAGGGUAUGAUCCGUGCGUAUGUGGACAUGGUUCGCUGGGAGGACCGCUUGCGCGAGCACCCGUUCUACACCCGGAUGGCCACCUCUGCCAUCAAGUCUUACCUCCUCCUUCACGACCAGCCCGACCUGGCUCACGGACCCCUGCCCAGCGCCGCUGCUGACAACGACGAGGAACGUAAGAAGGCGGUCAAGAAGGCCAAGAAGGAGCAGCAGCGCCUGGAGAAGCUUGAAGCCGAGAAGCGUGAGGCCAGAAAGGCCGCAAGCACGAAGAACAUUGACGGAGAAGUGAAGAAGGAAGACUCUGACCCACUAGGCAACCAGCUUGCCCAGACGCAAGAUCCGCUCAAGGAGGCGACUAAGUUCCUGACACACUUGCUGGAGCUUAGUCCCAAGAACAUUGAGGCCCAGUGUCUCGGAUUCGAGGUUUACCUCAGGAGAGGCAAGCACGCACUUGCUCUCAAGUGCCUCACCGCGGCCCAUGCCAUCGACGCAUCCAACCCCGCCCUUCACGUCCAGAUCCUCCGAUUCCGCAAGGCCCUGGAUAGCCUUUCUGAGCCACUUGCGCCCCAAGUAGCUGAGGUCGUCAACACCGAGUUCGAGGCCUUGCUCCCCAAGGGCCAGAACCUCGAGGAAUAUAACAACACCUUCCUCUCGACCCACAAAGAGAGCGUCUCCCACCAACAAGCCGGUCUUACUAGCCGCCAGCUUCUGAAGCCCGACUCCAGGCCUCAAUGCGAACAGGACCUCAUCGCCACCCUCGACUCCAAGGACAUUACCAUCGACACUGCCCUGGCAGGCCUAGAGCUCCUGGGUGAGUGGGGAAGCAACCAAGCCGCAAAGUCUGCUUAUGUCGAGAAGGCAAGCAGCAAGUGGCCUGAGGCGACGGUGUUCCGCCUCGACUAAAGUGAUAGGACAGCUUUUCUUGGACUACUCAUAUUCAAACUUGCCUUAUACUUUGAACCACUGUAACAUGAUUGGCGGAAAGGACUUUCUCCUUGUCUCAUUAGCUUCUUCCUCUUCUCCUUCUCCUUCUCCUUAUCCUUACCCAUUCUUCUAUCCUUAGAAUUGAUCAGCUACGAAUCUGUAGCUGUAGCUGGUUUUUACCUGGGUGUACAUAUUCACCUGUACUUAAAAGGCCCGGGUAUCAUGUGGUGUGAGACGAAAACUAUACAGCAAAAUGCUUUUCGAGAUGCAUCGAGGCGUAUUGUAUUAGACUCUUGAAAUAGAGAAUAGCCCAGUCGAAACGGUAUGUCUGGGGCUAGCUUAGUUGGGAAGCCUUCCACGUGAGAGAUGAUACUCGAUUAGUGUGCUCCUUCAAUGCC